AUGAUCUUAUUCCAACAUGAACUCGAUACAAAUUUCUAACUUAAUGAAGUCAUUGGUUUUUUUCAAUCGACGCAUUCGGGUAUUUACCAUACAAUCAAUUCAAUGUCCGUGCGACGACGAUCUGUACGAAAAAAUCUUCAUGAUAAUUCCAAUAGUAAACGUUGGUCACAACCGCCUGCUGAAACCAAUGAACAAGAAGAACAAAUCUUAUCGAAAUCAUCCUACUUGACACUACUGACGACGAAACUCGGAAUACCGAAAGAGAAAGCUGAACGUGCAUGCGUUGCCACAGGUUUUCGUUCGCUGCAAGCAGCUACCGAUUGGCUUUUUCAACGACAUGAUGAUGAUAAACUGAUCCGAACAGAAUUCAUUAUUCUACUUUGUCCGGAUGAACGUCUCAACGAACAAAUCCGAACGUUUAGCUCGGAAACAUUUCGUUUUCUUAUCAAAGAAACCGCUCUAAGAGAUCGACAACAUCUACGUGCUUUUAAAUUAUCAAGUUUCUUCUACGUACCCGAUCAAUUUGUGCAUACAUUACAUAAAAUCUUUGAUUCAGUUGUUCGCCAAUAUCAUAGUUUAUUCAAACAACUUCUACGCAUUGUUUUACAUUCGACAAGCGAUUAUCUUAUGCUCAUACCUGAUCCCGAGAGUAAAAAAGCUCUUGAAAAUAUUUUCGAUAUGAUCAAACAACAAUUCGAGCAAAUAGUACCUAAUGUUUCCAUAUUGCCUGCAAAAAAAUUAGCACAUUUGACAUUGACUCAUGGUUUAACAUCUCUAUUCAAUCUUUCUGCUGAUCAACGUGCAUCAUUACUGCAACUUGCCAAAGUUUGUAUCGAUCUCGAUCGAACUGUUAAUUGGACUCUACGACUAUAUUCACGUGAACAAUCUUCGACGAAUGAAGUUGUAUAUCGAGUCGUCUCAGCGGCACGAGACACAACUAUUCACAAUUGUCUUUCAUUAAAAGCGAAUGAUCUGUUUAUGGUACUUGAUAAUGGUCGAAUAGGCGAAGAAGAAAAUGUCUUUGGUGAUGUGCGCGAGUGUCGUAAAGACAAUAUUGAAGUUGCGCAUUUGUUGAAGAAAGAAGAAGAAGACGACUCCGAGGUAAGAUUGGACAUGCUGACGCAAAAUUUAUCGAAUAAUCCGCCGUCCGUCAAUGGACCAUUAUCUCCAAAGCCUGUUCGACGUUUCCAUCAACGCGCAUUGAUUUGGGAUUUGGAAGAGACACGUGUUCUCUUAGAUCUCUUGAAAGAUGAAAGAAUAUUGAAAGCAAUCGAAAGUGUCCGAACACGUGAAAUCUACCAUGAAAUAGCUGAACGUCUGAAACGAGCUGGUUUCAAUCGUGACUGGAAUCAAAUACGUGGCCGAGUGAAAAAUCUGAAAUUCUCAUAUAAACAAGCGCGUGCUCUACACGAAGAACAAGGCCAAUCGACAGGUUCUUGUCGUUUCUAUGAUGAUCUUCAUUAUCUAUUUGGUCAUAAAUACAAACGUCAACGAACUAAGAAACGUACGCUAUCUCAACAACAGUCACAAUUACCAAUACAAACAGAUUUAAAUGUUGAGAAUGAAAAUGAGGAUGUUGUUUUAAAUAUGAAUACUAAUGAACCCGAUGAACAUACCGAUGAUGAUGAUGAUGAUAAUAAGUCAAUGAAUGAAACUGAUGAACAACAUGAAUUUUUGGGCGAUUCAUCCCCGGAUUAUAUUCAACGGCCAGAAGAUCCUUAUCCUACUCUUCAGUCGACUCGAACUAGUUCAAAUCUUUUAGCCAUCGAUGACACAGAUGAGAUCAAUGAUCCACAAGAUCAAAUACCAAUAACAGAUGAAAUGGAUGUUUAUUUAAAAUCAAUGUCACCUUAUAAACAUCAGGCAUAUCUGAUUGAUGAUAUUCUUCAAUCGGUUUUCAAUAAAUUUCUCGUUGCACAGCAAGCAACGGAACAACGCUUUAUGUCUUUUUUUGACGAACAGAAACGUCUCGAUCAAGAACGUGAAGAACGAAUCCAUCGAGAACAGAGACAACAUCAAUUCGAACUUAUUCAACUGAUUCUCCAUCAAGGUCGAUCUCAUUCAACAGGUGAAGAAGGUCUAUUUCCAUUGAAAAACUUAAGAAAAACGUCAGAAACAGAUUCAUGGACAUUACAUAAAUCAGCAUCGUUAAUCAAUGAAAACUCGACGACAGAGUCUGCGGAAACUAAUCAUAUUCCGUCAAAUGAAGAAAAGAAUCCGAAUAGUACUAAUGAAGUUCGAACAUUAUCAAAACGAUCAAUUUUAUUGCCACGAACGAACUAUACAAAUGGUCGAUCGGAUCCGUUAACGACGACUACUACUCCAGGUUUAAUUCGACUAUUUUGUAUUCGUCAUGGUGAACGUGUCGAUUUUGCAUUCGGUCCAUCAUGGGCAGAGACCGCUUUCGAUAAAUCAGGAAAAUAUCAUCGUAUGAAUUUGAAUAUGCCGAUGACUUUACCUCGUCGUCGAAAUCCAUUCCGUGACUUUGUUGGUGAUUCUCCUAUAACUGAAAUUGGUGCUAGUCAAGCUCGCCUAACGGGCGAAGCAUUAGCUGCCAAUGAUUCUUUCGCUCAAUAUUGUUAUUCUUCGCCUUCGCUUCGUUGUAUUCAAACGGCCCAUUACAUUCUACAAGGCAUGGGCAUAGAAGAUCGGGUGAAGAUUCGUGUUGAACCUGGCCUGUUCGAAUUCUUAGGUUGGUACGAACGUGGUUUACCAUCAUUCUUUACUACAUCAGAUAUGAAUAUCCAUGAAGAUGAAGAAAUCAAUCUUUUUAAUAUUGAUAAAAAUUAUCGACCAAUCAUUCCAUUGGAGAAACUUUCCCGAGAUGAAAAGGCGAUCGAUUAUUACAAUCGUUCUUUCAAAGUAACUCAACAAAUAACCGACAGACAUAAACUAACUGGUGCUAAUAUAUUUUUCAUUGGUCAUGCUGCAACACUCGAAGUUUGUACGCGUCAACUAUGUUUGCUUAUUCCUCGUUCCUACGCUGAUUUCAAUGGUGUUAUUCGUAAAGUGCCUUACUUGGGUCUACAAUUAUGUGAACGAAAUCCAUCGGAUGGACAAUGGGCGUUGAAAGCGCCGCCCAUUCCACCGUUACAACAUGCAAAUAAUGCAUCAUAUGAUUGGCAAACGAUGAAAUAA